AUGGCCGCUCCACCCGCCAGAGCUCGAGCUGAUUAUGAUUAUCUCAUCAAGCUACUGUUGAUCGGUGACAGUGGUGUGGGUAAGAGUUGCCUUCUUUUGCGGUUCUCCGAUGGUUCUUUCACCACCAGUUUCAUAACCACCAUUGGCAUUGAUUUCAAGAUUAGGACCAUUGAACUUGAUGGGAAACGAAUUAAACUACAAAUUUGGGAUACUGCUGGACAAGAACGAUUCCGAACUAUCACCACUGCUUACUACCGUGGAGCAAUGGGCAUAUUGCUGGUGUACGAUGUGACUGAUGAAUCGUCCUUUAACAACAUUAGGAAUUGGAUCCGAAACAUUGAACAACAUGCUUCUGACAAUGUCAACAAGAUAUUGGUGGGUAACAAAGCUGACAUGGAUGAAAGCAAAAGGGCGGUUCCUACCUCCAGGGGUCAAGCACUGGCUGAUGAGUAUGGAAUUAAAUUCUUCGAGACGAGUGCAAAGACAAAUAUGAACGUGGAAGAGGUUUUCUUCUCGAUAGCCAGGGAUAUAAAGCAAAGACUUUCUGAAACUGACUCAAAGGCUGAGCCUCAAACCAUUAGGAUUACCCAACCGGACCAGACAACAGGGGCUACUCAAGCUGCCCAAAAAUCAGCGUGCUGUGGUUCUUGA